UUCCCGCCGGCCGGAAGUGUGCGAGAGGUGGAGGGACAGGCUGGAGUGGUUGCGGGCGCCUGCUUCCGGCUAUUAAGAGGACGUUGCUCGGCUGCGAAAGCUUUCUCCUGGUCGACACUUUAAGCCCUGGGCUAUUUCUAAGGCAUUUAUUCUUUCACCUCACCUUCUGCUGUGACGACAUGAGCAACAAAGAAGGAUCAGGAGGGUUCAGGAAAAGGAAGCAUGACAAUUUCCCACAUAACAGAAGAGAAGGGAAGGAUGUUAAUUCAUCUUCACCAGUGAUGUUGGCCUUCAAAUCAUUUCAGCAGGAACUUGAUGCAAGGCAUGAUAAAUAUGAAAGGCUUGUGAAACUUAGCCGGGAUAUAACUGUGGAAAGUAAAAGGACAAUUUUUCUCCUUCAUCGAAUUACAAGUGCACCUGAUAUGGAAGAAAUACUGGCUGAAUCAGAAAUUAAAUUGGAUGGUGUCAGACAAAAGAUAUUGCAAGUAGCUCAAGAACUUUCAGGAGAAGACAUAAAUCAAUUCCAUAGAGCCAUUACUACAGGAUUACAAGAAUAUGUGGAAGCUGUCUCUUUUCAACACUUUAUCAAAACACGGUCAUUAAUUAGUAUGGAUGAAAUUAACAAACAAUUGAUAUUUACAACAGAAGACAAUGGGAAAGAAAAUAAGACUCCCUCAUCUGAUGCACAGGAUAAGCAACUUGGUACUUGGAGUCUGAAAAUAACACCUGUUGAUUACCUUCUGGGAGUGGCUGAUUUAACUGGAGAGUUGAUGCGGAUGUGUAUUAACAGCGUGGGAAAUGGGGACAUCGACACCCCUUUUGAAGUGAGCCAGUUUUUACGUCAGGUGUAUGAUGGAUUUUCAUUCAUUGGCAACACUGGACCUUAUGAGGUUUCCAAGAAGCUAUAUACCUUGAAGCAAAGUUUGGCAAAAGUAGAGAAUGCUUGUUAUGCCUUGAAAGUCAGAGGUUCAGAAAUUCCAAAACAUAUGCUGGCAGAUGUAUUUUCAGUUAAAACAGAAAUAAUUGAUCAAGAAGAAGGUAUUUCUUAAAAUGCUACUCAGCUGUUAUUCUCUUGAGAAUUUCUGAGACCUAUUUGUAAGACUGUUGUUUAGUUUUUAUUUGGCUUUAUUGUGGAUUUUACAUAGAAAUGUUUUCAGUUGUACUUGUUUUAAGUUGUAUACAAGCUGUACAUAAAAUUGUCAAAAUGAAUGAUUUCUUAUAUCUUACUCUUAAAAAUUUGCAUAGAAAUUUUGCAUAUAUGCCUAUUUGAAUUUUGGCAGGUUAAACUUUAUCUUUGUAAUGUGAACAUGCUUCAGAGUGCACUUUUUGCCAUAAUUUACUUUGUGUAUUUUGGAGUGGCAAUAUUUAGUGGAAGCUAUUUUUAACUUAAGUUGGUAAUUUUAUUAUAUAUAGAAAAGAUCUCUUAUACAUCUGAAUUUGAGCUUCCUUUUUAAAAAAACACUUGGAAAUAUUGUGCUAAGCCACCAAAUAGGCUUAUUUCAUAGAAUAAGAAUGAAAAAUUAUUAUACCUUAAUUUAUUAGAUAUUAUAGUGAGAAUUUAUAUAUCUUGGCUAAUUUUUGUUUAUUUUAAAUCCAUGUGAAACAGCCUUCUAGAAAAAUUGAUAUCCAUACAUUAGACUUUACAUUUUAUCCUUUAUCACAGAAAAACUGAAUUGGAGCUGAUGUUAUAAUUGUAAUGUUUUUCACUAAUGUGUGAGUUGAAUUAUAUACAACUGAAAAGCUCUUUUAGUAGUGAUUAUUUAGUGAUUUUGUUGUUGUCAUACAUUAGGCAUGUUUGGAAGCUUUCCUAUUCUAGUAUCUAGUAUACAAAAUGAGAUUUAAAUGAUUACAAUGAAGUUUUGAACCACUAAUUUAAUCAAAAUCCUUACAGUUGUCUAAUUGUGUUGAUAGUAUAAAAUAUUGCCAGUGAAAAAUUUGUCAUGUAUAAUUAAGCAAUAUGACAAUUUUCAACAUGGAAAUAAUGGUAGCCUCAUGUAGUAGUUUCAGUCAGAAUAUGUCAACUGAAAUUAGUUCUAUAUUAUUCCCUGUUAUGUUAAAUUGACCUGAGCAUGACACAUUAUUGGCUGACAAGACAUUUCCAUUUGUUUUGAGAGUUUUGAAAACUUAUAUACUGAAUUUUAUUUUUUGGAAUGAUUAGCAGUUCUGUUUAUAAGAGAUGAUUCUUUGAAAGUGUAAUUUAAAAAAUCAACUAGGGGAAAAUAAAACAUAGACAUGCCUAAUAAAUUAGGUUUAUUUUGA